AUGGAUAAUACUGCAAAGUUCUAUCGUGUGUUGAUGUACCCUAAUCUGUAUCCUGAUUGGACUCAUCUAUAUUAUGGAGAACUAUACUUGCGUGGUCAUCCAUUGUCUUCACUCAAUAAUGGUGAUGAUGCCAGCGGUGAUGUAUACACCACUCAAUGUAUAUUGGCACCAGGUAGUAAUGGUCAUGGUCAACUGGUAGUCUUGUCAGUUGCAUUGGAUGGCGAACAAGUUAGAAGAACAUAUAUCGAUACGUAUCAGUUUGAGGAGAUGUCCAAGUCUGUCUAUGGCAUUGAUAAUCGACGUCCCCUGCUGUCUACCAUCCGAGGUAGUUCAAUCAAUAACCUCAUGGACAGGACUGCAUUCAAGAUGGUCUACCCCCAGGACGACUACAAUGAGAUAUGGUGGCAUGCCGGAACACUAAACCAGAGCGUGCACUUCACCUCAAAGGUGAUCGAUCACACAAACACUCAAAUGACGGAUGGAGGUCUGCUGAGCAAGAUGGUCGUCUCACCAGAUGGAAAGACUCUUGUGUACGCCACAACUCACUCAAUGUAUAUACAACGCAUUGGCCAUGAGUGGGCACACAUUGUCCAUGAACCAACAUCAAGUUUGAUCAAGGAUAUCACAUUUACAUCGUCAAGUGAUCGAUUCAUUAUCGUCUCUGCCAACGAUACAUCGUCCAAGCUCAUGCUUUACUCGCACGUUGGCGAGGGUCAGUGGCAGUCACAGGUCAUACACAUGCUACAACAACCAAUGUUGGUGUCUGCAUAUGUUGGAAGAGGAGGCUCUGGCAACGUGCCAAUAAUCAUCUCUGUUAUGGAUGAUAAGAAUACGGCGCACAUCUGCAAGAUAGUUGUGACAAGUCCAACCAUGGGUGCACGACUGCAAGUCCGUCAGUCAUUCCCCAAGAUCGAUGCGGGCGAUGCCGAUAACACACCACUCAUGCAUUUCUCCUCCAGCGGACUUCUCUUUGUCGUCCAAUACCCAAGUAGAAAUGAGUUGAUCGUGUACCGCAGGAAGGGCUACGAAUUUUCAUUCCACAGCGCAAUUGACCUGGCGCCAGGUGAGCGCGCUCACGCCGUCGACAUAUUCAAUUUCAGGCACUUCUACAUCCUGUUGAGCACAGGUGGUCACUUGAACUUCUAUCAAGAGAUCGCGCCCACUGUGCCCAAGAUGGAGGACGCCGCGCGCCAGAACAGCUUCUACCUCCCACCACCCCUGACACCCCUACACGCCGACCCUGCCGACCCUACCGACCCGGCCAUUCUGCUCGAAUUUAAAGGACUACCCUUCACUCUCAAUCCGAGUGGACUGUCCCUCACCAUUAUGUUGCUCAUUGGGGCGAUACUUGUCAACAUUGGCGUGGUCAUCCGCCUGACACACAGUGCAGAGUCAUGGCUCAUCAGCAAGGCCUUGUCGCGUCUCCAGUGGCUGAUGACGCCCGCCUUUUACAUUGGCGUCGUGGCCAUCUUUGGCCUAUCACUGUUUGAAAUAGUCUAUCAAUCGGCAUUCACCAAUGACUGGCCUGCGCACAUCCAUCACGUGGAGCAAUGGCUCAAUGCCCCCUCUGCCCAGAAAUCCUUGGACUUUGACUACUCCCACUUCAUGCACUACCACGGCCCAUGUACCUACCCCGCCGGAUUCAUGUACCUAUACACGCUGCUCUACUACAUCACUGGACAUGGCUCGCUCCAAGUGUUCCAGCUCGUCUGGGCAGUGAUGGAGUCUGUCAACUUUGUUGUGAUCAAGAAGCUGUGCGAUCGACUCAACCUCCCAACCAUCUUGGCCAUAUUACCAAUAGCAUCAAACAGACUACAUCUAUAUAAUGUUCGCGUUGUCAUCAAUGACUUCCCAUCCACACUGCUACUACAUGUUGCACUACUUCUCAUCAUUGAUCGACGCUACAUAUCAUUCUCCAUCCUCUACUCAUUCGUUGUAUCACUCAAACUCAACUAUAUCUUCUAUGCACCUGCCAUCCUCCUCAUAUUCUUACGCACCAUGCCACUGAACAGUGUUAUAAUCAACCUCUCUCUUAUGGCCUUGGUCCAGAUAAUACUCGGACUGCCAUUCCUCAUGGCCAACCCUGUGGCAUAUAUAUCGAUCGCCUAUGACUUUAGCCGAACACUGUUGUGGGAGAAGACCAGGAACUACAAGUUUGUUGGCAGGAUAAUGUAUGACUCUGCGCCAUUCAAUAUGAUCCUAAUCAGUCUCCUCGUCGGAACGAUCAUCAUAUUCUUGUUUAGGAUGUGGCGAAGGAUAUCAACAACACAUCAACAACAAUCACGUGAUCGAGCCAUAGUGUUUGUGUUCCUGUUUGUUAACUUCCUGGCCAUAACAUUUGCACGUGGAUUGUAUACUCCAUUCCUAUGCUGGUACUUCUACACAUUCCCGAUCGUCCUAUACCUGGCCAACUAUCCCUAUGUCCAUAUCAUCCUGUUCUGGAUCGCCCAUGAGGUACUGUUCCGCUUCUUCAAGGACCUUGCCACAGAGAUGUACGGCACCUACAUCUACUUCCUCAUCAAUCUAUUCGUUGUCUUCAGUGUUGUCGUCCUUGGUCGAACCAACAUCAUCACAACAGCACAGGAGCCGACUCCUCAGCCACAGUCGCAACAGACACAGCCACAGCGACAGCGACCGACACAAACACAGACACAAAAGAAUAAGAAGAAGAAUGAAUAA